CUCGCCUCGGGCAGCUUCUCCUGCGUCUAUCCAGGAGACCUCGCUCGCUUUCCAGCUGGUUUCCCACCUGCCCUGGAUGACGACAGAAUGAGAAUUUCUCCUUUUCUACCUUUCCCCUCCGCCUGCUGAUGCUUGGAUCGCUUUCCAGCUCGUCACACCUGGCUUCCUAACGUGGAUAAGCGGGGGCUCUUUGGGAACAGCCUGGUGCUUUUGUCCUGUCCAACGUACCUGCUGUUGUCCACCCACGAUUUCCGCGCAGGACCUGUCAUGUGGUGUCCUCCGUGUCUUCUCUUGCUGGUCCAAGCUCUAGCCCCUAGUCUCGCUGGCUCCCUCCAGAGGCACCCUGAACACCAGCAGUCUCAAGAGGAUCCAGUGUUCCUAGAUGACUCUAUGGCACACAGAUUCCUGGGCCGUAAGCUUCUGUAUAACCACUGGGAUUUUGAGCUGAUCGUCCCAGACAACCUGGAGCGUGAGUGCAAAGAGGAGGUUUGCAGCUACGAGGAAGCCCGCGAAGUCUUUGAGGACGACAUCUUAACAAAAGACUUUUGGGAGAAAUACCCACACAAUGGGAAAGGAGGAGCAAGAACCUCUGGUGUGGAUGUGGCUGGCUUGGUGGCCGGGCUCAUAGCAGCACUGGUGUCUGCAGUCAUGAUUGCUGUCGUGGCCAUGUAUUGUUUCAAAUACCGGGCGAAGCAGAGGAGGCAGUCCAGGACUCAAGACAGUUUGCAUCCUGGGGUACCCCUUGCCAGCUUUGAUGACGAGCCCAAGCCAGAGUCAGCACCAGGGCUUCCCACCUAUGAGCAAGCGUUGGAAGCAUCAGGCAUGCACGAUGCACCACCUCCACCUUAUAACAGGAAUAGCACCAACAUGCCCCCACCAACCUGAGUUGUCAACAGCAGAAUCAACAUUCCUGGAAGACUUCCUGACCACCCCGCCCCCUCUGGGGCACAAAAGACACUAUGCAUACACAUGAUGCAUACAUGAAUAUGUGACAUUUAUGUGGACAACUGAACCAGUGUAUUAGAGAUACACUGCACUACAUGGAAAAUGUAUAUAUGUGUUAAGUGUGCAAGAGGGACUGCUCCAUUAUGUUGUUUGUAAAAUGAAACUCUGUCAUUGCAAAUGUGAAUAAUACGACUGAUACUCACUACACCAUUUUGCACAGAUUUCUCUAGAUCAAAUUCCUUUCUCCUCUCUGCCACCUGCCUCAUGAACAAGGUUUGGUCUAGUUGUGUUUUCUAUUAUGUGGAAGAGUUAGAGUGUGUAGACAUGCUUGCUUAUGCUGGAUAAAUGACGAAGAACUCAAUGGCUCUGACAAGAAAUCUUAUGAUCUAAAACUGGGACCCAGCCUAGUAAGCCACCCUGGACUAUGUGUACUCUGAGCUAGAUGCAGAAAGGAACAUGGGUGUAUAAGGUCAGCCCUUGUGAUUGGCAUUUAGUAUGAUGCCUCUGGAUUGGCUAGGCCUGACAUAAAUUCUGGUAGCCUGGCUAUGUGAAUGCCCUUGCCUGUUCAACAGAGCAUCUGUCAUGGCCCUGUUAGAGGAAUUCUCUUCAAAGGAAGAGCUUGAGCUCCCAGAGACAAGCAACAUUGAAGACCAGCCCAUGCCAGAAGUCCAGGAGGAGCCUGGACUCUUGGGUGAGAUGACCACAGGUCCAUUCCUGCCAGAGGAAGGGAACUCUUAUCUCUGAGACAAAGGCUGAAUGACCACCUAACCCCAAGAGAAGUGGCUUCUCAAGAGGCAGGCUAGAUCGACCCUCUGUGAGAAUGAAUGGCCAUUUGCCAAGGGAGACUCCUUAUGAAUAAAGGACUCCUUGUGAGUAGGGCCCUCCUCAUGAGGAGAUCUUCUUCCAAAAACCCUCUGAUGCACUGCAGCUGAGUCCUGGGUGGGCUCUUGGAAGUUCUAGCUCAUAAGCCUCAGUCCUAGGCAGAGAUAAGAACAUAAGUGCCAUGCUGGAUCAGAGCAAGGGUCCAUCUAGACCAGCACUCUGGCUGCAGGAACAACACCUUUACUUCAGCUUCCAGUAACUUGUUCUUCUUGGACUGAUAUCUUGUGCUGCUGACCGCUGGAUUCCUGAUGAGAUCCUGCUUUUGGAUUACCCUUUUCCUGGACUGGUAAUACUGUGUACUUUUGACCUUUUGCUUGCCUUUUGAUUUUGCUAAACAGAUUUGCCCUGAGCUUACCCCAGGGCUGAGCCCAACCUAGCCAAAGAAAGCAACACCUGCUAAAGCUACUGACCUCAGGAUUCCUGUUAUGGAGAACCCAGCCUCCCCUGUCUAAGAAUGUAGGACACACCGGAAGCUGCCUUA